AUGGAGCAGAAUGUCUCUGUUGAUCGAGUGAUCCGUGGUGAUCGAACCCCCGCUAACGAGUCUUCUCCACUAGCGCCCGCAAAACAGAAGGGUCAGAAGAUGACCAUCAGCAACUUUUUGGCUGACGAGAGCCUUGGCUCUUGGGCUGAUGAGAUGGAGGACAUGCCCCUCCCAUCCGGACCCUCUGCAUCCUCUGGCUUUGGUAGCCGCCCUGCUGGUGGCAUGGGUUUCGGCGGAAACAGCUAUGGCGGUGGCAGUGGUUUCGAACGUGAGACCCGUGGAGGAUACGCCGUUCGCGAGCCGCUCGCUCUUCCCACCGAGCCCCCUUACACUGCCCACGUUGGCAACCUCUCAUUUGAGGCGACCGCCGAUGAUAUCUCCGACCUUUUCGCCGGCUGCAGCGUGACCAACGUCCGCAUCGUUGAGGACAAGCUUACCAAGGCCCCUAAGGGCUUUGGAUAUGUUGAGUUUGAGACCCUGGAUGGCCUCCAGAAGGCCUUGGAUCUGUCUGGCACCACCCUGCAGGGUCGUACCAUUCGCACCAGCGUUGCUGAGCCUCCCAAGGAAUCCCGCCCUGAGGGACGUGAUCUUGACUGGACCCGCCGUGGGCCCCUUCCUGCUGCUCCUGAGCGCCGUAUUCCCGAGCGCUCCAGCUUUGGCCGUGGCAUGGAUGCCGGAUCCGAUGCCGGCAGCGAGCGCGGUGGCCGUCGCAACAACUUCGAGUCGGAUGGAAAGUUCCGUGAUUUCGGCAACUGGGAGCGCAAGGGCCCCCUUUCGCCCCCCGCUGGCCCCCCGGCCCGUGAAGGUGGUCGCACUCACAGCAAUGAAGGACCUGGCUCUGCCUACCGGAGGAGCUCCCCCGCAUGGGGUGAGGGUCAGGGUCGCUCUCAGGAUGAGGGCUCGCGCCCCCCUCGUCCCGAGCGGACCCCUACCGCUGCCGAUAUGGACAACCAGUGGCGCUCCAAGAUGCGCCCCGAUCAGCCCAAGGAGGCUGGCGCCCCCACAUCGCCCACUGCCCCUGCCGCUCGUCCCAAGUUGAACCUGGCCAAGCGUACCGUUCCCGACGCUGCAACCACCGCCGCCUCGACCACUGGUGACUCCAAGGCCAGCCCCUUCGGUGCUGCCCGCCCUAUUGACACUGCCGCCCGUGAGCGUGAGGUUGAGGAGAAGCGCCAGCAGGCUCUGCGCCAGAAGAAGGAAGCCGACGAGAAGGCCCGCGCUGAGAAGGCUGAGAAGGCCGAGAAGGCCGAAAAGGUCGAGAAGCCCAAGCAGGCCAAGGACAGCCGCGUUGUCGGCACUGAUACCAACAAGGAUGAUGUGGAUACCCCCAAGGGCGGGGCUAACUUUGAGAUCCUCCGGCGGGCCGGUGGGGAGGAGAGCGGUAUGAACGCUGAUGCGGACGCCGAGGAGGCCUCUGCUCCUGCUGAUGCCGCGGAGGCCAAGCAGUCCACUGCCAACGGCAACUGGAGGACUGCUGAGCCUACUGACGAAAACGACGGCUGGAGCACUGUCAGCACAAACAAGCGCAGCAACCGUCGCGGUGGUGGUCGUGGAUUCUGA